CAGACUGCUCAUUGUUUGGAGCCCUUCACCAGCCCACUCAUCCUAAUAUGGAAUGCAGCAGGAAACCCAUGAUUUCCUGACACUUAGCUAGCUGGAGAAAGAAAGGAAAAACUCCAUUUCAAAAAAAAAAAAUCCCGGCUUUCCUCCAUGUUAGAUGUGAAAUGGAAAAUGGGAAGGAUUUAGAAGAAAUCCCUGGUGUCUCCAGCCAAGUUGGAGAAAGGGAGGAAAGAGCGAAAGCUUCAGACUGCUGCUAUCUUUCAAGAUUCCAGUGAACACUCAGAGCUCCAAGAAAAUGAGGGUUUCUUGAUUCAAACGGACAGGGGAAAGACAAGCUAUUUUACUUGUCACAAUUUCAAAGUGGACAUUCCCUUUCUUUACCAGCAUGGUAAAGUGAGAGGGCAAACGGCAGCCACCUGGAAAAUGCUAAGUCUGAGCCAAGAGUACCCAGCUAAGUGAGGAUAAACACAACCUGGGCGCUCACUCGGGUUUUUCUUCAUGCGCUCCUAAAAGAACCUGAAGGAUCAGGAACAGCCCCAGGAAGAAUGAACUGCAGAGAGGAGAAAGAGGAAAGUGGCUGCUCCAGCGAAGACGUGAAGAAACCACUCAAGUGUGUGGUGGUCGGGGACGGGGCAGUGGGGAAAACCUGCUUACUGAUGAGUUACGCCAAUGACGCCUUUCCAGAGGAGUACGUGCCUACUGUGUUUGACCACUAUGCAGUUACUGUGACGGUGGGAGGCAAGCAGCACUUGCUUGGACUGUAUGACACAGCAGGACAGGAAGACUACAACCAACUGAGACCACUCUCCUACCCCAACACAGAUGUAUUUCUGAUCUGUUUUUCUGUUGUAAAUCCUGCCUCUUAUCACAAUGUCCAGGAAGAAUGGGUACCGGAACUGAAAGGCUGCAUGCCCCAUGUCCCUUUUGUCCUCAUAGGAACACAGAUUGAUCUUCGAGAUGACCCCAAAACGUUGGCUCGGUUGUUCUACAUGAAAGAGAAACCCCUCACUUAUGAACAUGGAGUGAAGCUUGCCAAGGCGAUUGGAGCACAGUGUUACUUGGAAUGUUCAGCCCUGACUCAGAAAGGCCUUAAAACAGUCUUUGAUGAAGCAAUACUUGCCAUUUUUCACCCUAAGAAGAAGAAACAGCACUGUUCCAGGUGUUGCCACAGCUGUUGCACCAUUGCAUGAAAUUAUUUGAUAUACUGUUCCAAGGGCUCAAAGGAAUAAGGAUGCUUCUCCAUCUUGGGGCUCCCAAGAGAGAAUGCAUGACCAUAGCAGGAAUUCAUUUCAAACCAAGAACUUCCUCCAAUCUAUGAGACUUCACAUUAAUCAGCCAAUUGUUCUUUUCUUACUCAAGUCCCAUACUUUAAAAGAAUGCCCUGAGCCAAUAUUACAGCUGGGAUAGCUGCUGAUGAUGUUGAAAACAAAACAAAACAAAAGGCAUCAUGCAUCUUUAUAUCUUCACCUCCAGUGAAUGUGAAGAUGUAGAGGAAUUUCUCCAGACUCUGUAGCAGACACUAGAGACAUAUUCAGUUGCAGUUUGGCAGCUUUAACAGAUUCUUUUAACAAUAUACAUAAAUCCAAUGCAAAUUUAUCAGGAAUUUUUCUCCUUGACCUAUUACCCUAUCCAUAUUUUUCUUACACAGAUUCUCAAUAUUUCAAGAAGCUUAUUCUGUCCUGAUUUACCCCCACCAAAUCAGCCUAUACAGGAUUUGUUUCACUAACAUUUUAUAUUUUCAAUGUUCACACCAAAGACUUCAGAACCAACAUUUACCUCCAAUCUUACUUCUGAAUAUAAGAAGCCAAAGAAAACUUUGAGUCUCCAUCAAAACAUCUAAACAGAGCCAAGCUUGCCAAGGCUGGGAAGAGAAGAAGCCAUGGAAAUAGACUUCAAAAAAAGUGUCCUCAUUUUUGCCAAAAGUCCUUAUACGUGAGUCAAGAUGUGAUGGAGUCUAUGGGUAGCUUGAUUGUCAGUGUUACAGCAUCAUGGCCAAUUUGAUGAUGGGAUUUUAGAGCUGGGAGGAUUCCCAGAGAUCAUCUAAUUCAAUCUCUUCAUUUUGCAGUUAGGAAAAUGAAGCUCACAAAUUAACCUUGCCUGAAGUGAUUCAUGGAGCAGAGAGAUCUCUAUUUCUGACUCAAACUGAAGCAAGGGGAUAAUUCCAGGAAAUACCUGGAAAGGGGCACAAUUAGCCUUCUCCAUAUCCCUUUACCCUUUCUCCCCACAGUGGCACCUCUUCAUCCUUCCUCUUGUCAAAACCUGCUCCCUAGAAAAAUCUUCACUUUGAAGGAUAAAGGUCUGAUUAAAUUCAACAUGUAUGGGGGCAGCUGGGUAGCUCAGUGAAUUGAGAGCCAGGCCUAGAGACAGGAGGUUCUAGGUUCAGAUCUGGCCUCAGACACUUCCCAGCUGUGUGACCCUGGGCAAGUCACUUGACCCCCAUUGCCUACCCUUACCACUCUUCUGCCUUAGAGCCAAUACACAGUAUUGACUCCAAGAUGGAAGGUAAGGGUUUAAAAAAAAUUCAACAUGUAUUUCUUAAGUACCUACUACACAAAACCAUAUCAGAUGCUGUAUCUUAUAGGCUAUCGAGCCAUAUGUCAGAGCAACCAUGACUUUCUCCCAAAUUUAGAUGGUGCAAAAAUUUUAACACAUAUUCCUUAAGAAACCACUGAAAUGUGGCAGCUAGUUUUCUAAAAUAAGGAGCUACUAGAUAAAUAACCCCUAUCUGGAAGCCAUUGAAGUGACUAGUUCUCCUUCCCAGCUCAAACUGAUUUGUUUUCAUUAUUUCCUAUAUGCAUAUUUUCAUAUUAUGAAUUGCAAAGAUGAUUUGAGGGCACAACUUCAUGCUUUCUCCCCCAAGCAUCAAAAUUACUAGUUACAUUUCUACUAGGGAACUACAUCCUGAAGCUACAAGGUAAACAAGCUCUCAUGACAGAAUUUUAAACAUUCCAUCAGCAUGUAGAAGAAAUACUUGUUUGAUCAGCAGGACAUUCCAAGCAAACUGAAAUUAUACCACAUAGUUAUCUAUCUGUCCUGCCUAUGUGGGAGUCUUUUUCCAGGACUGCUGAAUAGUAAGCCUCAGAAAGUCUCUAAAGAUAAAUCAUAUUUGACUGGAAAGAUUUUAUCACUGCCUACUAAUUUCCUAACUUGUAAUAGCUCCUCCAGCAUCCUAUUCUUUGUAAAUAGCUUUCCUCAGUAUGGAUUACCUAGGGUGACAUGCAUUUUCAUAUUGCUGAUCUCCCCCUCUCUCCCUAUACUCAUCAUCACAGAUAACUUUUCAGGGGACGUGUGGGUACCAUAUUCAGAACUGUUUUUCAUGUAGGUAACAUAUUGAGAUAGAAAGCUCAUUCCCAGGGGAAUAAAACUGAUCAGUCAAUAUUGGAAAAUUAAAUGAAGUCUUUACCUUUUCUCUAAGAUUCCUCUCUGGAAUCAGCCUUUUCCCCAAGAGAGCAAGUUACUGCUAUAUUCUUAAUUAGAAACAAUAGGAACUUAUUAAUCCAAAGUACAGAUCCCCUGGAAAUGCCAAGGGAGCAUGUUUAUUUUAUUUAUUUUAUUUUUUAUUUUCCCUUAGAAGUUUUGUUCCCAGGCAUAGAAUGAUAGUAUUUGUACUUCCGAACACUGCCAAUCCCAAAUAACAUUAGAGGAAGAUCUGUCUAUGAAGCAGCUACAGAGAGAGGCAGACUUGGAAUAAACUCACAUGAGAAGAACAGACAAAAACUGCAGAGGAUAUGAUCAUCUAUUCUUGGGAAUUUCCCUAAGAAGUUGAUCUAUCUUGCACAUUACCCCUGUAUAUGUAGAAAGUACCUGAUAUUGUCAUAUUCCUUCUAUCUCACCCUUUCCCUUUUCCAUCCUUCCUUUCUUCAAGUUUUUUUUAACCAUCCUUGCUUACCUGACCCCUUCUCUAACAUUCAUUAAACAAAAACAGGAAAUUUGCAAAUGGAACAUUGAGAGUGAGAGGGAACAAAAUAAUUUUGGCUUUUGAAACUAUAAAUCCAUAGGUUAUAAAACAUGACUCCAUGUAGAACACCAAUUUUAUCUUGUUUAUACAAUAAUGAUCAUUUAGCAGGGUGACAAAUGAGAUACCACUGGUCAGUUUUAUUGUGUUAUUGCACAGUAGCAUCCUGCUAAAUGGGGUCUAGUUAACAUUCACUAGUGUGACUGAAAAAUAGAAUGACAUUCAUUAGCUACACUGAAGAAAAUAUUUAGGGAUUCUACAUAGCCCUACUUUGCUUCUCGACAGGUUUAUGUCCACCUGCUGGGCAAUAGGGAUUAACUUGCUUAUUGUGGAACUGUUCCUUCAUUUACUCUUUAGAACUUUGGAAAAUGAAAUUUUAGUGUGGUAGAAGAAGUAAUUAGAUUUUGGAGCUCAAGAGUACCUCAUAAGACCAAAAUCUUUUUUUUUUUUAUAAAGGAAGAAAAUGAGACCAGGAUAAAGGGAUACUCAGUUCAUAGAAGUUAUAAGUAGAAGGGCCAGGAUUUGAACCAAGAUCUGCUUAUUUUAAUUCUUUUAAACCACAGUGCCUCUUGCUAAAUACAAAGCAGGAAUGAGAAUGAUCAUAUGACCAAAUCCCUCCACCCCAAAUAUCAAUUUGAAUUGAAAAUGAUUGUAUAAACUAAUCCCUCUGCCUCAACAACAAUCAUUUGUUCCCUAAUCAAGGACAAAAUCUGGUUUAUUAUGCGUUAUUGCAUAUACAUGCAUGCAGACCCUCUCUCAUCCAACCACUUCAUUCUACAAAUGAAAAGCCUUUAGAGUUUAGGUGAUCUUGCGGAGUUCACACAGUGGCAGUCUAGAGCUAAAAUUCAGCUCCCCUGGCUCUCAAAUCAAAGACAAGUUAAUAUACAGCUCAAAUAAAUAGCUUAGAAAAACCAGUUGAACGAAUGGAUGAAUGAAUGAGUAAUUGUAAAACUUCCCAAAGUUCAGUCAACCUGAGAAUGGUGACUUUUGAUUGCACUGGGAAAAGUCUAUUUGCAUGAAUAUCUUAACUUCUUAAAUUGGCUGAUCUCCAUUUGGGCAAACUUCAUGAAAAAUUUAUAUCAGCGUGUAAAAUCACCAGGGAGAGCAAUAAUUAGAUGUACCUGAUAAAUGCUAACAAGGUCCAGAAAUGUGAUGAAAGCAUAAACUAUGUCCAGAAGUGUUUCCAUCUUUGACUGCUUGUCCAGUCUUAUCUAGGAGAAAUUUCUUUUGAGAAAUCUGCCAAGGAGAUUUUUGCUCACUUGUGAAUAAGUAGGACACAAGUAGAUACUCUGGCAUUCUAGUUUUAACAUUUUACUGCAGUAAUCACAAUGAAACUUGAAUGGAUAAUCCUACUCUUUUUUUAUAUAUAUUCUCUCAAAGAGGCAGUCAUGUCAAAACUAGACCUUUUUUUUCUUUUAAUCAGGUUCUACUCUGGCAGUACUGUGUGAGUUUGAAUUUAAUGGAGACUCAAAGCAGAGUUAAUGCUCAAGCUGGAGCCAUUUAGUUUUAUUUUUAGCCACAGUUUUCUCAACCGUCCUUGCAUGGGAGGUCAGUGCUGUGCUGAACACGGGUCAAAAGAAGUAACUGCCUGGGAAAUUGUUUAUAUGGGACAUGAGGAGGUAUUAUCAGAGAAGAAAGAGUGACAGAGCACAAGGUCUAAGGGUCAACACCUGGCUGCAAGGUCAUAUGUCCUUAAUGUCUCAGUCUCUAAAUUAUUCUUCUUAUAGUAGGAGUAGAGGAAUUAUUUCAGAGCAAGAAGCAUAAUCUACUAAAGCUUUGUAAAUAAGUAAAUUAUAUGUGAAUUUAGACUUUUAAGGGACCUUAGAGGCCCCCUAGUCCAACCCCUCCAUUUUACAGAUCAGCCUGAAAAUGAUGGCCUUUGAAUGCAUCAGGACAAUUGCAUGCUGGGACAACUGAAUGCAUUGGCACAAUGUUUAUUCCCUCUAAGACUGGGUAGUCAGAAAGUGGCUCAUUUCAUUACAACAUUUCCUCCACAGGAUUACAGCAGUUGGAAAAAAUUCGUAUGCUUUCUAGGCCUCAGUUUUCUCAUAUGUGAAAUGAGAUGGUUGGAUGAAAUGGUGUCUCUGUUCUCUUACAGUUCUAAAUUGAUGAUCCUUUGAUUUGCCUCCCUUUUGGAGUAUCAUGUGCUCUCUUUUCUCAGAAAGUCGUCAGCUGUGAGCCAGUCUGAAAAUUCCAUCCUUCUUUGCAUUGCCAUAUUAGUUUGUAAAAAGACACAAUUAUAUGACAUGGAAAUGUCACUGGAUAGACCCUCAGUGAGGUUCAGGCAAUGACAUCUUAAAAAUAUUCCCAAGGUGGCUCAUACUCAAAUUAACUACACAAGUCAGCCAAGUUAAAAGGCUGCUGCUCUUCUUUAUUUUAUUUGUCUCUUGGGGUACUUACUAAGCUUCCUUCCCAUCUAACAGUGGUAAGUGAAUGACCAAACCUCUCAUGGACCAUUACACCAAAUAAGGGAAAAGUAGAAUCUGUUUUGACAGAAGGCAAGCCUGAAAAAAACUUAGGUCAGAGAUGCCAUUGAGUUUCUCUGAUGUUUAAAAGGAAAGAAAAAAAUUACCAAGCUAAAAACAAAUAUUUCCCAUCUAGAAUACAGUGAGUUCUUUUAACAGAGAUCUGAUGAAAAAUAAUGAAGCUGCUGCCAGUCUUACAUGUAGGGAGCCUUGAUAAAGCCUAAAUGUGCGAGCCGAACAAAUCAUUUGAGUAAAAGGAGCUGAAUAAAGUUACUUGCCUCAUGGCUCAGGAGAGGCUGUAUUCCAGGAUGACAAGAUAAUGACUUACUCUUGAGCACAGAAUUUCCUGAACAAUGCAUUACAAGCAUUUUCUGCCUGAAGGAACUCCCAACUCCACAGUUUCUUGACAGUUUAGUCAUUCAAAAAAAUAAUUUUUUCAAAGUAUGGCCGGGUAAUAGUCAGAACCUCCAAUAUAUGGCCUCUUGCCUUCUGAUUAAACUCCCUUGUGAGUAAAAGAGAUCUGGAGAGCAAAACAGCCACCUGGAUCUCAGGACUAUUCUACAGUAGUUAGAAUUCUUUCUAUGUGCUCCAAAGGGCUCUAGAAGGUUUUCUUGAUCAUUGGUGGUCAGGAUCUUAGUGUCUCUACACCAAAGGAAGAGCCUCAAUGACUAAUUCAUUUAGCAGGACAUUCACUAAGGCCCUUUUGCAAAGAUUUCCAUUAUACUUAUUAUUCAAGUACCAAUACUAGUCCAGACCCCAUUUGGUUUUAAUGACUAUAGCCCAAGAUAUGAUAGCUUGGAUUUCUAUGCUCUAUAAAUUGCAGGUUAAAAAAAAAAAAAAGCUUCUUAGAGAAUCCUUAAGCAUUUUUUCCAUGGGUUGGCUUUUUUUUUUUUCAAUCAAUAAACAUUGUGUCUAUUUCUUUUGUAGUCUAAAGUUCAGACCCUACCUAUGGAAACAUUGCAACCUUCUUUGAAAAUUUCUAGCAAGUCACAGCAGCAUAGGGUUAGAUGUCUUGGUCAUAGAAUCCAAAAGAGUCAAAUCCUGCUUUGGAGCCUUACUAGUUGUGUAACCCUGAAUAAGUUGUUUGCCCUCCUUGACCCUCAGACUCUUCAAUGUAUGAAAUGGGAAUAAUAAUGACCUGCAGGAAUACUAUGGGAUUCAGAUAUUGUAAGCAUUUUUCAAACACAGAAACAUUAGGUUAAUAUCAUGUUAAAACCAAAACACACAUUCACCCAAGGUUAAUUUUAAUCGAACAAACUUAUCACAAUUUCCUUUCCCUUAUAAGCACUCAUUGAAGGUGCUAGGCAACUACUAUCCUGAAUCCCGUGGUAGUCUCCUAAAUGGAAGCAUGAUUAUCUGCCUCCUGGCUCUCACAAGAUCUUUCAGUGUACUCACCCAAUUACUUCCUUUCCCAAUGCACAAAGUGAAUAGUGCUUGUUUGUUUUCCUUUCAGGACAAAUUAAUAUGGAAAGGGAAAAAGGGCAGAGAGAGAUGUGGUGUACAGUAUUGUUUAGGUGUAUAGUGUUGUUUUGUAUCACAGACCAGGCUAUCUGCCCCCUCUACUGACUUCAUUGCCAAGCCCCUUCCUUGGAUUUCCAUUCAAAAUGCUUUUGCAGUUGGGAGCGGAUCUGGUGAGAUCCACAAUUCAAAUGAACAUUUUCCACUUAUUUAAGCAUAUUGAUGCUCAAGUUUAGCACAGUUAUCUUGACUUCCAUCCAGCAAAUAGGCCAGGGUUGUGAGGUAAAUUCACCCUGCUGGCAAAGGGGUGUUUAACUUCAUAAGACUCUGUCCCAGGGCUCUGAUUCAAAAUUGACUGAGCUGUAAUUUGCCUUUGGACAUGUUCAGAGGCAAAUGAUGUGCUUGUUUAAAUGAAGUGAAUAAAUGAAUUAAAUAUCUUGCUGCUAGCUUCUUGAUCUGGCCCAAAAGUGAUCAUUCCACAAAAUACAAGCAUACUUACUCAUUUUUGGCAGAUCUAGGAAUUAGCACGAUUAUUCUUCAGAGAAGAAUGUAUACAAAUAAAGUAGAUAAAAUGUCCAGAUCUUGAUCCAGAAAUUCCCCCAUUAGAUUUAUUACUCCAGGAGAUCAUUGACAGAAAAUAGAAACCUCCAUAUAAGCCAAAAUAUUUAUAGCAGCAUAUUUUCUGGUAUUAAAGAAAGGAAAUUACAAAAAGAUGUUCAUCUAUUGGGGAAUGGCAACUAAAUUAUAACACAUAAAUGUUAUGGAAUAUUACUUUGUUGUAAAAAAUAAUAAACAUGAUUACUACAGAAAAGUAUGAACUGUUGCAAAAUAAAAGAAGCAGUAGAGCCAAGAAAACAUGACUACAACAAUGUAAAUAGAAAGAACAAAAUAAUUAAAAAUUAAUGUUGCAAAAUUACAAAGGACAAGUUUAGUACUGAAGAAAAAAGAAAACACCUUACCCACUCCUUUGCAGAGGUGGAAUAUUGUAUGUCAUGUCAAAUUUUUUCAAUGUAUUGAUCAUUUUUGCUGAUUUUUUCCCUUCUUUUUCUUUAAAAAAAUGUAUUUGUCAUAAGGAGUGAUUCUUUGGGAGAAUGGAGGGAUAAAGGGGGAAAUAAUAGGUGGUGAUAAAAACAAAAGCUAGCGAUAAAAGUAUUUUUGCAAAAAGAGGAGAGGAAAAUACAAAAAACCAGGACAAUGAUAUUGGUAUUUUUUUUAUUAGAAGACACAUUUUUACUUUUAUAAAGAAACUGGGUUUUUUAAUUUCACUUAGUCAAAGAGAUUCCAAAGAUAUCCUCUAUGUACAUUUGAAGAGGGAAAAGGAGUAUAUGUUAGAAGAUAUAAGUUACAAAUAGUUGAAGUGGACAUAGGAUAGCAAUUUAGGACACUAAUUUCAUUCUAAUAUUCUCGGUGCUGGAUCAGGUUCCUAAUGUCUAAAGAGAAGCAAUACAUGGAAAACAAGAAAAAAAAUGUGACAUUAAAUAAUUUCAUUUUUACAGGAAUAAUUUUCAAGCUAACAGAAUUAACUUUCUAUCUUAAAUACAUAGUUCUAUAUUUCUAUUUCCUUGAUAUAAUGACUAUUAACAAUCCAUCAAUAUUCUUUAUUAUACAUGUACAUAGUAUACUUUAAGAAAAUAAAUAUCCUUUCAAAUGACAAAAUGCAUUUAAUGUUGCCAGCUGGAGAGGGAGGAACAUGAGUGGGGAAGGGCAAAUGGCACUUUUUAAAAAUUUGAAUAAACAAUCUAGUUUUUACAGUUUAAAA